GGGCCGCUGGGCACCAGGAGGCAGCGUGGAGGCCGGGCCCUUCCCGCCGCUUGCCCGGCCCCGGGAUAAUCAUUAACCUUCCGCGGCGGCCCCGAGCAGCCGGGCUCCGCAUCCCGGCUCCUGCCCUCGCCAGGGACCGUCCGACGGCCACCGCCCCCCCCCAACCCAUCCCUCCGUCUCCUCGGCACUGUCAGGGCACCAUGGAGCGCGAAGCGAACGCUACCGUCCCCCCGUCCUGCGGCGUCAGCGAACCGCCCUACUCGCACGAACUUCUCCACAGCCUUGACCUACCAGGGAGAUUUCUGUUUGCAAUCCUGACGCUGAUGGCACUAAUAGCAGAUGUGGUGUUUAUAGAGGAAGCAAUCUACAUCUACAAGAAAAUCCCCUCCUCCAAAAGAUCAAUCAUAAUUUGGAUUAAUGCUGCAGCUCCAGUGAUUGCUACUGCUUCAUGCAUUGGGAUGUGGAUUCCUCGCUCAACAAUGUUUACAGAUUUUGCAGCAGCAAUGUUUUUUGCCAUAGUUAUCCACAAGUUCCUGCUGAUGAUGAUUAAAGAGUGCGGAGGUCAAAAGCUGCUCCUCAGGCGGUUUGAAAAUGGUCACUUCAAGAUCAGCACGGGUCCCUGCUGCUGCUGCUGCCUUUGCCUCCCUGGUGUGCCCAUCACUAGACGAACCCUCUUUUUGCUGAAAGUAGGCACCUUUCAGUUUGCUUUCCUUAGACCUGUGCUCAUGUUUUUAGCAAUAGUGCUUUGGACUAAUGGCAACUAUGUCCUUUAUAAUUUAUCUCCCAAAGGAGCUGCAAUAUGGAUUAACUGUUUCAAUGGUAUCCUCACCAUUAUUGCUCUGUGGCCAGUUGCAAUCAUGUUUCAACAAGUCAGGACUGUCCUUACCUGCAAGAAGAUCAUCCCAAAAUUUGCUCUUUAUCAGUUUAUUGUCAUUCUGAACCACUUGCAGACAGCUAUUAUCAACAUCUUGGCCAUGCAAAGAAUCAUUCCCUGUGCUCCACCACUCUCCUCUUCAGCAAGAGGAUCAUAUAUGAUCCAGCAGCUCCUCAUCAUGGAAAUGUUUCUGAUAACCCUACUCUCAAGAGUGGUCUAUCGGAGAAGAUACGGUGACCUAGAGCCUCCAGAGUGUCCAGCUGAAGAAGCUGUAGGGAGCAAAGAGAUUCCUAAGAUUAUCCUGAAUGGUUCAGUUAGUGAAGGUGGAUUGCCAAGGGUUUAGAAGCCCCAGUAUUCCUAUUUUGCAAGAUCCAGAGGCUCAGCUUCAGGAGCCUGUGUAUUCUUGCACCACAAAUAGCCACUGUCCAUGUUGGACCAACCUCUGACAUAAAUGCCUGUGAGCUGAAAGGACCACUUGUGGAAGGAUAAUCCCAUGUAUUCUCCAGUGAUACAUACAUGGUGUGAGGGUUUUUGUACCAUGUAAUUUAAUAAGAUUUCACAGCAGGUACUUUUAUGCUGUUAUGCUGCUAGUUGAUGUAGACAAAC